CGGAGCUGGUGGAGGAAGUCCACGGCCUGCAGAGGCUCUCACUGCCCCUGGGAAGCCGCGACCGGGAACCCGGGUGGCCCGGGACCUGAGGCGGCGGCGGCGAGAGCCCUGAUGCGGAUCGCCAUAUGAGACGGUUUAAGCGGAAGCAUCUUACAGCCAUUGAGUGCCAACAUCUCGCUCAGAGUCACUUGGCUGCGUCCCAGUCCUUUGGUCAAAGAUGGACAAGCAGAGACCCGAACCACGGUCUCUAUCCUAGACCCAGAACCAAAAGAGGGACCAGGGGGCGAGGAUGCCUGAGAUACAGCUGUGACUUCUUCCUCACUGGCCAGCAGCAGUGCACCAAUGACAUGGCCAAAAGCAAUUCUGUGGGCCAGGACAGCUCUAAGGACUCAGAGGAUGAAAUGAUCUUUGCGGCAGGGAGCCCCUGUGCCCUGCCUCCAGGGGGAGACGGAGACGCCAGGCUGCACUCGCCAGGCUCCGCUUUGCCUGCAAGGAAGCGGUCUCGGUCCUUAGAGGACGAGAGGAAUCCAGCCCCAGGGACCAGUCCGUGGGAUGGGGUGUCUAAGAAGACCCCAUGGCAUCACUCGUCCCCAUCCUGCACACGGCCCAGGGAAGCCAGUCCAGAAGCAGAGGUCGGGGUGGGGCAGCUCAGCGUGCAGCCUGGAGAACCCAGCCAGGAGGUGGAGGACAUUGGUCCAGACCCUGUUCCUGACCCUCACUAUGGGCUCCUUGGGACCUUGCCCUGCCAGGAGCCCCCGAGCCACAUCUGCAGCCUGCCCAGCGAGGUCCUGAGGCACAUCUUUGCUUUCCUGCCCAUGGAAGACCUCUACUGGAACCUGAGCUUGGUGUGCCGCCUCUGGAGGGAGGUCAUCAGCGAUCCGCUGUUCAUUCCUUGGAAAAAGCUGUAUCACCGAUACCUGAUGAAUGAAGAGCAAGCCGUCAACAAGGUGGAUGGCAUCCUGUCGAGCUACGGCAUAGAGAAGGAGUCGGACCUGUGCGUGCUGAACCUCAUCCGCUACACAGCCACCACGAAGUGCUCCCCGAGUGUGGACCCUGGACAGGCGUUGUGGAGUCUGAGGGAUCACCUCCUCCUCCCCGAGGCAGAGGCCUGCGUGCGCCAGCACCUCCCUGACCUCUGUGCUGCCCCUGCCGGCAUCAACGUGUGGGCCUUGGUGGCGGCCAUCGUGCUCCUGUCCAGCAGCGUCAGUGACAUCCAGCAGCUGCUCUUCUGCCUGCGGCGGCCCAGCUCCACUGUGACCGUGCCGGACGCCACCGAGACCCUGUACUGCCUCGCCGUGCUGCUCUACGCGAUGCGGGAGAAGGGGGUCAGCAUCAGCAACCGGAUUCACUACAACAUUUUCUAUUGCCUGUAUCUUCAGGAGAAUUCCUGUGCUCAGGCCUCAGGAGACAAAGAGGAACCGUCAGUCUGGUCAGGAAAGAAAACAACCAUCCAGCUGACACAUGAACAACAGCUGAUCCUAAGCCAUAAGAUGGAGCCUCUCCAGGUGGUGAAAAUAAUGGCAUUUGCAGGCACCGGGAAGACCUCCACGCUGGUCAAGUAUGCUGAGAAGUGGUCUCAGAGCAGGUUUCUAUACGUGACCUUCAACAAGAGCAUCGCCAAGCAGGCAGAGCUCGUCUUCCCCAGCAACGUCAUCUGCAAGACCUUCCACUCCAUGGCCUACGGUCACAUCGGGCGCAAGUACCAGUUGAAGAAGAAGUUGAAUCUCUUCAAGUUAACCCCCUUCAUGGUCAACUCCGUCCUCACUGAAGGGAAGGGUGGCUUCAUCAGGGCCAAACUUGUGUGCAAGACUCUGGAAAACUUCUUCGCCUCUGCCGAUGAGGAGCUGACAAUUGACCAUGUGCCCAUCUGGUGCAAGAACAGCCAGGGGCAACGAGUCAUGGUGGAACAGAGCGAAAAGCUGAAUGGAGUCCUCGAAGCGAGCCGGCUUUGGGACAACAUGCGGAAGUUGGGCGAGUGCAAGGAGGAGGCUUACCAUAUGACACACGAUGGCUACUUGAAACUCUGGCAGCUCAGCAAGCCCCUGCUGGCCUCUUUUGACGCCAUCUUUGUGGACGAGGCCCAGGACUGCACCCCAGCCAUCAUGAACAUCGUUCUGUCUCAGCCCUGUGGGAAGAUCUUCGUGGGAGACCCCCACCAGCAGAUCUACACCUUCCGCGGCGCCGUCAAUGCUCUGUUCACAGUCCCUCACACACACGUCUUCUAUCUCACACAGAGUUUCCGGUUUGGUGUGGAGAUAGCCUACGUGGGAGCUACCAUCUUGGAUGUCUGCAAGCGAGUGAGAAAGAAGACAUUGGUUGGAGGCAACCAUCAGAGUGGCAUCCGGGGUGACUCGAAGGGGCAGGUGGCUCUUCUGUCCCGCACCAACGCCAACGUGUUUGACGAGGCCGUCCGGGUCACAGAGGGAGAGGUGCCUGCCCGGAUUCACUUGAUUGGGGGGAUUAAAUCAUUUGGAUUGGACAGAAUCAUUGAUAUUUGGACACUUCUCCAGCCAGAGGAAGAACGGAAGAAACGAAACCUCGUCAUUAAGGACAAGUUCAUCAGGAGGUGGGCGCGCAAAGAGGGCUUCAGCGGCUUCAAGCGGUACGUGACCGCGGCCGAGGACAAGGAGCUGGAAGCCAAGAUCGCAGUCGUGGAGAAGUACAACAUCCGCCUUCCGGAGCUGGUGGCGAGGAUAGAGCGGUGCCACAUAGAGGACUUGGACUUCGCAGAGUACAUCUUGGGCACCGUGCACAAGGCCAAGGGCCUGGAGUUUGACACCGUGCACGUCCUGGACGAUUUUGUGAAAGUGCCCUGUGCCAGGCACAACCUCGCGCAGCUGCCCCACUUCAGAGUCGAGUCAUUUUCUGAGGAUGAGUGGAAUUUACUGUAUGUAGCAGUAACUCGUGCCAAAAAGCGGCUCAUCAUGACCAGAUCUCUGGAGAACAUUUUGACUUUGGCUGGGGAAUACUUCUUGCAGGCGGAGCUGACGAGUAACGUGCUGAAGACAGGUGUGGUGCGCUGCUGCGUGGGCCAGUGCAGCAACGCCAUCCCUGUGGACGCCGUGCUCACCAUGCGCAAGCUGCCCAUCACCUACAGCAACAGGAAGGAGAACAAGGGUGGGUACCUGUGCCACUCGUGUGUGGAGCAGCGCAUCGGGCCGCUGGCCUUCCUGACCGCCUCCCCUGAGCAGGUGCGCGCCAUGGACCGCACGGUGGAGAACGUCGUGCUGCCCCGGCAUGAGGCCCUGCUCUUCCUCGUCUUCUGAGCGCUGGGAUGCCCGGGGGGCUCCUGCCCCUGCAGACGGCGGCAUGGGGGGCUCCCUCCCUGAGGCCAGACUCGCUCACAGAGCAUUUUCCAAGGAUGGAGACGGCAGCCAGAGUCGGACCUGCUUUGUCUUCACCCCUGGAGGUAGCCAGACCCUGCCGCCCCUCCUCCACAUCAGUGGGCCAGGAAUGCGGGGGAUGGCCUUUUGAUAAAGAAAAAAAAAACAUUUUAUGUAUUUUAACUUUUAUUACAAGGUCUCAAUUAAACAGGCAUUGUAGCACUGGCAUUCCACUGUGUGAGGCCCCUGCCUUCACCCCCGCUGUUUCUGGACUUUCCAUUUCUCCACUUACUGUUGUCAAAGCUCUGU